AUGCUAGCAGAACUACGAAAGUUUCGCAAGGAAUCUGGGGAGGCUCAGAAAGACAUCAUAGAAUCCCAAGCGCGGAUGGAGGCAUCCAUGGGAGAGAUUGCCGCGAGAAUGGAGGAACUGGAACAGCGGAUGGACUCUGCGGAAUCCAGAUCAACUCUAAAGAGCUUAGAAGUGAACGUGCAGAUUGAUGAACGGGACAUUUUGGAAAGAGAGUUCCAAAACAGAUGGAGCACCCAAGGCAGGCGCAAGAAAGAAGAGCCAAACCUCACUCCCAGAGAAAUAAGGGCCAUCCUGAGCGGCGUAGAUCAAGAUGACAUGGCUGGAGAAUAA